GGGUGCUGCUGUGGAAAGGGAGAAAAAUCAAAACACAACAACAAACAUGAAAGGGGAAAAAAUAGAUUUUAAAUAAGGUUUUGGUUCUUUAUCCGGGGACUAGAAUGCAGGAUGUGAUUGGCUAGGAGAGUCACAUGGUGAAAGUAACUUUACGGGGUCGCCAGCUAGUAGGAGGGCUUUAUGGAGCAGAAAAACGACAAAGCGAGAAAAAUUAUUUUCCACUCCAGAAAUUAAUGAUCAUGAGUUCGUAUUUGAUGGACUCUAACUACAUCGAUCCGAAAUUUCCUCCAUGCGAGGAAUAUUCGCAAAAUAACUAUAUCCCAGAUCACAGCCCGGAAUUUUAUAGCCGGUCCAGGGAAGCUGGGUUCCAGCCUCACCACCAGGAACUGUACCCUGCAAGAGCAGCCUACACAGAGCGGCAGUACAGCUGUGCCAGCAUCCAGGCUCCUGCCAACCCUGCCACACACCCCAGGCUCCAUGGACAGAGCAACAACCACCUUGUAGGCAAAGCCCAGAUCUGUGAGCUCCCCACCCCAUCUCUUUCCACCAACACCACUACCUCCACUACUCCUUCCCCAGCACCCCCAGCCUGCAACCAACCAAAUACAGAGCAUCCUACCAGCACAGCCACCAAACAGCCCAUAGUCUACCCCUGGAUGAAGAAAAUACACGUCAGUACUGUGAACCCUAAUUACACUGGGGGUGAGCCCAAGAGAUCCCGAACUGCAUACACAAGACAGCAAGUCUUGGAACUGGAGAAAGAAUUUCAUUAUAACAGAUAUCUGACCAGGCGAAGGCGCAUUGAGAUAGCCCAUUCCCUGUGCCUGUCGGAAAGGCAGAUCAAGAUUUGGUUUCAAAACAGGAGAAUGAAAUGGAAAAAAGACCACAGGUUACCUAACACAAAAGUCAGAUCCACCGCAUCUUCCAGCGCCUCAAAUAACAUAAUUGCUUCUAAUUCUGCUCCCAACGAGGAUCUAACGCAAAGCUCAACUCAGGAUCAGCGAGAGGAUAUUACAAGAUUGAAUUGGGCAAAUCGAAGUAGGGCGAAGUACAGGGAAAUUUGCCCUGUAUGGUCUGUUCUGGGAUUUUAUCUGUGUUCUAUUUCCAGCCCCACAAUCAUGGCAAUGACGCUUGUACGAUUCUAGUUUGCAACAAUCUCAUGGAUGCAUUAAACAUGGAAUUAGAGGCAAGAAUGCAACAACCACAGCUAAAAAUCACUGCCUCUUCUCCAGUCUCUGUAACUUCUUUCUCAGCCUCCUGAUGCCUUCAUGUUGUGAGUGUGAAAAGGUAUUUUAUUGAAGUUCGGGGUAAACUGUAGCAUACAGGGUUCAUGCAAAGGACACGUUUUCUAUCCCAUUAACUUUAUUUUAGGCUUGCAGCCUGACCUCUAAACCUCGCUGACCUAUGCAGGUCUCACAACGUGUAUCCUCUAUGUUAUUCUACAUGGAGUAAAACAUCCCUAUUACUUACACUCUCCAGAAGCCAGAGCUACAAAGUUUUGUAAAGAUUUUUAUUUCCUACAACAUAUAAAAUAAAUAAUACAUGAAGAAAGAACGAAAGAAAGAAAGAAAGAAAGAAAGAAAGAAAGAAAGAAAGAAAGAAAGAAAGAAAGAAAUAAUUUUUCUGCCACCCUCAGCUUUAAUAUCUUUACUUAACUUCAGUUCAGAACUGUAUCUACUCUCCUGUUGUGUGGGUGGGUUUGUUCAAUAUCUAUCUAUCUAUCUAUCUAUCUAUCUAUCUAUCUAUCUAUCUAUCUAUCUAUCUAUCUAUCUAUCUAUCUAUCUAUCUAUAUAUUAGAUGUGUUAAUGGUGGAACCUACAUUCAGUGAUUGAUGUAGAUAAACAGCUGCAGCUAAAUAGUAAAUCUGGGCGCACAUGUAUGCAGUUUGUAAAACAAAGAAAUGAUACCAAAAAAGUGUCAAACUUCAGUUCUAUAAAAUAACUCCAGUAAAAUAUAUUGCCUUAUGCAGGACGUAAAAAGUGUCUGUUCUCUCAAGAGCAACUUUAAAUCUGAAGUGUUUUACUUUAAACAAAGUUUAUGCUAUAAGUGCCCCAUCCCAUUAGUCCAUCUUUUUGUAUAUGGGGAUUGCAUUAAAGAUGUGGAAAUCAAAGUGAUGUCUCGCUAGUGCAACGUGAAAUGUAUAUCAUUCAAAUAUGUCUUGAGAAGUGCAGACAGGAAUAUAUUUGGAAGUGCAAUCUUAUGAGACCUCUGCCUCCUUUUUAUGUAUCUUUUGAAAACCAAGACACAUUCUGCACAAUUUUAUGGGAGGCUUGUUCUUGUCUGGCAAUAGUUUUUAUAUUUACAGCCUCUGGGGUUUUAACUACCGACCAUGUUUCUCUAUACCUGCAGUUUAAUGUUAAACUGUGCUGUUUCUAUUAAUUAAAAGACUAACAGCCA